AAUAUUAUUUUUGCCGUAGCGGCGUUACAACAUUUUUUCUGGACUAGCUUCAUUCCAACUCUGUCCGUGAAGUUGAGCACAUCGUUUUCCCUCCGCAGUAUCGUGUGAGUCGGUAGUACCCGGUCCUUUGUCGAUUCUUUGUUGAAAGGUAUACUUAGUGAAGUUGCAUUUGCUGUGUGAAUUAUUGAAUAAUUAUCGUCUUCAAUCUGUUGGGCGCAUCGUUUCGGAAGAAACAAACGAAUCGAGUAAUCGAAAAAAUAAUUGAUAACGUGUUUCUGAUAGUUUGGAAAAGCCAUCCACCAGUGUGAAGAAGAAAGGCAAAAAAAGGGAAAAAAUAAUUCAAUAAAACCCAUUAAAAAGUUUAUGCAAAAAAGUGAGCCCGAAAGUAGUUUUGAGCCCGGAUCGCCAUUCCUACAAGAUAAUACAUUGCAAAGAUUGUGUGUCGAGUUGAAAGAAGAAAAUACUGUUCGAGAGCGAUAAAGAAACGGAAUUUUUGCUCGAAUCACUGCACAAAGCGAAAAAAAAAAACGAGCCACAGGAAAAUCAGUGAUCGACAUCGUUCCACAUCUGUGAAAGAGGAUUUGACUUCAAACUAGCGACUACUGAUUGAGUGGCGAAGAGCUCCGGCAGUAUAGAAGUGCAAAAAAGAACCAGUAGACAAACGAAACCGAUUUCACAUUCGGCGGUUGCUAAUUCCAAGAGAAUUUCUGGAGCACCGUGAGCCUAACAAAGCCACUCAUAGCAGAAGAAGUGUACACCGCAAAUAACUUCACCAGAGGAGGAGCCCUACAGUAGCCUCAGAAAUAUGAAUGGCUCAAGCUACGAAAUCAACACAAAUGGUGAUAUCCUAUCACAGAACCAGCAGAAAGGCUGGUGGACCAUCGGGUUAAUCAAUGGCCAGUACAAGUACAUGACGGCCGAAACUUUUGGCUACAAACUGAACGCCAACGGAGCUAGUCUAAAGAAGAAGCAACUCUGGACGCUCGAGCCAUCCAACACCGGAGAAAGUAUUAUCUAUCUGAAGUCACACUUGGGCCGGUACCUGUCGGUGGACUCUUUCGGCAACGUGCUGUGCGAAUCGGAGGAACGCGACGCUGGCAGUCGGUUCCAGAUCAGCAUUGCCGACGACAACUCGGGACGAUGGGCUCUGAAGAACGAACAGCGCGGCUACUUCCUCGGGGGCACCCCGGAGAAGCUCACGUGCACCGCCAAAGCCCCCGGCAGGGAGGAGUUCUGGAGUGUGCACCUGGCUGCUAGACCACAGGUAAACCUGCGCGCCGUUGGACGCAAACGGUUCGCGCAUCUGUCGGAAUCGCAAGACGAAAUCCAUGUCGACGCCAACAUUCCGUGGGGCGAAGAUACGCUCUUCACGCUGGAGUUCCGCACCGAUGAAGAGGGACGAUACGCACUGCACACAUGCAACAACAAGUACCUAAACUCGAACGGAAAGCUUGAAACCAAAUGUACCGACGAUUGUUUGUUCAGCGCUGAGUAUCACAGUGGACACUUGGCUCUGCGUGAUCGCCAUGGACUGUAUUUGUCCCCGAUCGGAUCGAAGGCCGUCCUCAAGUCACGCUCGCAGACUGUCACCCGAGAUGAGCUGUUCUCGCUGGAAGAUUCACUCCCACAGGCUUCGUUUGUCGCUGCUUUGAACAACAAGUACGUCUCCGUGAAACAAGGCGUUGAUGUCACUGCCAACCAGGACGAGAUUGGCGAUAACGAAACCUUCCAGCUGGAGUACGAUUGGUCUGCCCACCGUUGGGCUCUGAGAACCACUCAGGUAAGCUCGGAUCGCUAUUGGUGUCUGUCCACCGGCGGAGGUAUUCAGGCCACAGGCAAUCGCCGUUCAGCAGAUGCGCUGUUCGAACUGGUCUGGCAUGGAGAAGGUUCCGUAUCGUUCCGUGCCAACAAUGGAAAACUGCUGGCAACGAAACGUUCCGGUCAUCUGUUUGCCACCGCCGAAGCGGUCGAGGACACAACCAAAUUUUACUUCUAUCUUAUUAACCGCCCGAUCCUUGUGCUGAAGUGUGAACAAGGCUUCGUCGGGUAUCGUGCUCCGGGAAGCAACAAGCUAGAGUGCAAUAAGGCUAUCUACGAAACUAUUCUGGUCGAACGUGCACCCAAGGGUGUUGUCUACUUCAAAGGUCAAAACGGCAAAUACUGGCGAAUCGACGGUGAGGGUAUUGCCGCCGACUCGGACACUCCUGUUGACGGAUUCUACAUUGAACUGCGAGAACCCACACGUAUUUGCCUGCGGUCAAAGGACGGCCGGUAUCUGGGUGCGACCAAGAACGGCACAUUCAAGCUGGUUGACACCGGUUUUGAUACGGCCACCCAGUGGGAAUACUAAGAAGCAUCAUUCAGCGGCAUCUCAUCGGUUCGGGUAUACUCGCACUCGAAAUUUUAGCAUGUUAGGUUACUACUCUUCUCACUCAUCUACCUAUUACUAUUAGGGCUACUAUUCCAUCGAAACUCAAGCAAAAUUCAUUGGAAGGAAAAUCAUGGAACGACAUACGACGCAAUCAAUCUCUCUCACUCUUUUAAACUCUACUCUUUAAAUUUUAUUUGUAAAUUUAUUUUACUGUCUUUCGUAUUGUAAAAGGUAGCAUAUUUUAUAAAGCAGUCAAUAAAAAGCCGAAGUGGAAAAUAGCGCUCUUGACUAACUAGAGUUGGAGCAAGGAGUUUCGAAAAAUCGCAUUGUUAUUUCAAAACAACCAUCUCAAUAUGAUGCAUGCGUGCGUAUAUUUAUUGCAAUAUUCAUACAUCAAAAAGCUAAAUAAGUUGUAAUAACUAGUGAUCACUAAAGUUAAAACAAAACUAUCGUAAACGUAAAAAAGAAUAAAUAAAAUGUAACACAUAACGAAAUCAUGCGUUUCCUUAAGUAAAAAAAAACACAUUAUCGUCCCAAUUCACAAAUUACGCAAUACGAAAUUUAACUACAAAUGAUAAAAAUCAGAAAAUGCUUGAUAUUUUGAACUAACAGGCGCAAAAGUGAUACACUGCUUGACAUUGUUCUCAUCGUCAAACGCUAAAACUGUAAACGUCCGUCAUCAAAUUCGAACGAUUUCUACAUCCGACAGAUGCAUAUAUAAAGCGUGGCAGAAUUGUGAUUAACGAAUCCAUCUUAGUUGAAAUGACUACAUAUAUUUAAAGCAAAUAACUACAAUGUCACUGUGGGUGCUAUCCCCCCGACAAAAAUAUGAAUUGAAACAAAUAAAUAAAUAACCCAACAACUGCCAAACAGUCUGAUACAAUUGUAUUCGGAAAGCCGAUAAAACAUCAACAGAACCAACACGCAGCCCAGCCCAUGCAACUUAGAUACUAAAUUUUUAUUGCCACUCCUAGACAUCAUUUUCGAACCAAAAUUAUCAAUCGGGGUGCAAGGCCCCCAAUCAAUGAAGCGAAAUUAUUGCAUCAACUUUGUAAAGUAUUUAUCAUUAGUUAUGAGUUUCCAAAAGCUAAGAAACUCUGUUAGCAAUUCAUGUAAAAAAAAAAAACAAUUAUAAUUUAUUACAUUUAGGUUCGUCGAAAGGUGUUCUUGUGUUGUAACAGACCGUAUUUCGAUGAACACCAUUAUUGAGCGGAAAAUAUCAUACUAAGGAGGUGGAAGGUGAGCCUCCUCUCGAUUUGGCACAGACAAACAGCGGAAGACGUACAGCGAAUGAUUUUUUUUUAUCGACCGUGCGUAAACGCUAUUCUGAAUAUUUUACGAAUUUAGAGAAGAGAAAAAUGAUACAAUAUACAGAAGAAGAAAAAAAAACAAUGUAAACGUAUGUGUGUAAUCAAAUCGAAUUGAAGUAAAGUAUAUCAAUAAAACUA